ACUUCAUGCGUUGUUCUUUAGAACUCUUAAUUGUUGCAUUGCGCAGAACGUUUAAUUGACACAUUAUCGCACUUGCGGAUUAUAUAACGUUUAUAUUAUAACUUCUGCGGGAUGACGAUAACGUGUGUGUAGAACGCUGCGUGGUUACAUUGUAGCUCUCGCAGAAUGAGCGUUUCGGAACGUUUCACUGUUUUACUGUAACAGUGCAGAAGUGAGCAGAGCAGCCCACCGGGAUCCGGUGUAAAUAUUCAACAAAUGAUAGAGGAGGAGUCGGUGCACGAUAAAAGGGAUGUGAACCGAGAGCAAAGAGCUUUGGAUUCGGUUUAAAGCGCGCGCUCACUGUGUUCUCCUCAGUUUGCUGGAAGUCCUGCUGCUUUAUUAUGAAGAGUGAUCUCUCAUAACAGGAUUUGGGCAUUAUCGAUCGGAUUAUGAGUGAUCAUCCAUGCAAAGUGACGCGAGAUUGACUUAGUUUCAGAUCUUGAGGGGAUUUAUUUCUGUUCUUCUUCUUCUUCUUCUGGAAACGCAUUGGCAUCCAGGAUGCACCCAGAAAGCAAUGAGAACACUGCAGGAGCAGCAGCCAGCGGGACACCCGCUUCGGAAGAAUCGACCACUGAACCGCAGGCUGGACAUACCGAGCACCUUGCAGUGGAGCACAAAGAGCCGCAGGAGUACGAGGAACAGGAGUGUAAGCUCGCCCCGGAGGACAGCACGGUGCAGCCGAUACAAACCGGCUGCCCCGACAAGCGUCCGGCGACGCCGCCCGGCGCACACCCGGGACCGGGGUUCGUUCCCCCGGAGGGGGGCUUCGGCUGGGUCGUGGUGUUCGCUGCUACGUGGUGCAACGGCUCGAUUUUCGGCAUCCAGAACUCAUUCGGGAUUCUGCACAUGAUGCUGGUGAAAGACCAUCAGGAACUGACGGACCAGGCGUCUCAGUUCAAAGUGGCAUGGGUUGGUGCUCUGGCGAUGGGGAUGAUAUUCUUCUGCUCUCCGGUGGUCAGUAUGUUCACAGAUCACUUCGGAUGCCGGAAGACGGCCGUCUGUGGAGCGUUUGUGGCCUUCCUCGGUCUUCUCACCAGUUCCUUCGCAACCACGCUGGGUCUUCGAUACUUCACAUACGGGAUACUGUUCGGCUGCGGAUCCUCGUUUGCAUUCCAGCCGUCGCUGGUGAUCCUGGGGCAUUAUUUCCGACAGAGACUGGGUUUGGCCAACGGCGUGGUGACGGCAGGCAGCAGCCUCUUUUCUAUGGGGCUCCCUGUGCUGCUCAAGAAAGUGGUGGGACCGCUGGGCCUUUCCAGAACCUUCCAGAUCCUCAGCAUCUUCAUGUUGGUCCAGUCGCUGCUGGCCCUCACCUUCAAACCGCUCAUGCCCAGUGGGAUGUGCCCGAUGCCAGGCAUGGGAAUGGACGGAGGCCCCCCGUCCGGCCUGGAGUCAGCGAGCAGGUGUCAGAAGGGCCUGGCCAAAAUCAGGAAGUACUUUAACGUGCGAGUGUUCGGUGUGCUGACCUAUCGGGUUUGGGCGUUCGGUGUCGCCACAGCAGUGCUGGGAUACUUUGUUCCGUAUGUGCAUCUGAUGAACUUUGUGAAGGAGCAGUUUGGAGACACUCAGAGGGAAUGGGUGCUGCUCGUGUGUAUCGGAGCGUCGUCUGGAGUCGGUCGACUGCUGUUUGGGAAGAUCGGAGAUCUCAUACCUGGAGUAAAGAAAAUCUACAUGCAGGUGGCAUCGUUCAUAUUACUGGGUCUGAUGUCAAUGAUGAUACCUCAGUGCGCCGUGUUCGAAGGUCUGGUGGUGGUUUUCGUAUUGAUGGGUCUUUGUGAUGGCUGUUUCAUCACUAUCAUGGCCCCCAUCGCCUUUGAGUUAGUAGGGCCCAUGCAGGCGUCUCAAGCUAUCGGCUACCUCCUCGGCCUCAUGGCCAUACCAAUGACAGCGGGACCCCCGAUCGCAGGACUUCUUCACGACUAUUUUGGAAACUACCACGUGGCGUUUUAUCUGGCUGGUGUUCCUCCGAUAGUGGGGGGUAUUGUGAUGUUUUUUGUACCUCUGGUGCACCAGCGCAUGCAAAGACGACGAAAAGAGGCCACCGACCCCAGCAUGGACAAGAUGUUGAAGAACUGCUCUAAUGGAGACAUGCUGCCCGGAUACACAGACAUGGAGACACACAUAUGAAGCCCACAGCCUCACAAAGGGAUUCAUCUCACCAGCACUGCUUGUGGCGUGUGUACGUGAGUGUGUGUCAAGAUGGUGUGUGAUGUAUUUCCUCUUUGCUUGGCUCUAAUCAAACUCGAGGUCUCAAGGCUUUCCCCCCUGCUCGUUUGCUGUUCUGGAGAGGAGACAUGAUCAUCCAUCAAGAGCCCAAACCCUCCUCCAGUGGCCCGCGCUGCUGUUUCCACCGGCUCCCGAGUGACUGAACAACUUCUGCAUGCAGAUUUGGCGAAAUCACCUCCUGCUCACGUUUCUCAUGAGAAUCUGAACGGAGAGCUCAGGUAGUGCAGGAGCCAUCAGUUAAAUUAGGACAGCAAACGUUUUAGCACCUUUAUAAAGGAAACUUCAAUUUGAUGUGAGAGAGUAGCAUUACCAGCACAGAGAAAAGUGCUGUUUUCAUUGAGCUUGAUAGUUUAUUGUCGAGAUUAUGCAAAUCAGAUUUGUAAGCUUUAGAUGUUUUCAUAAUACAAUUUUUUUUUUAAAUCCUCCAUGGAAUUGAUUUCGGAAACAUUUAUGAGACAAAUCCGUCUUUCUUCUUGCACUUUCUGCUACGACUUUGAUAACCUCAGCCGUGAUUUUCUUAUCAUAACGUACAUCGCUUAUGAAUUAUGUAGAAAUGAAAACUAAACGAGGAAUAAUUUUUAUGAUUU